UUUGGCACAUGUAUUUCAUAGUAUAUCUUGAUUGUGUAAUUCGGAACACAGAUGAUCGAGGAUGAUGAGUGAUCCAGCCGGGAAGCGCCGCGCGUUACGCACUUAUAAUGCAUCUGAAUGCGAAGAGGAGCUACGAGAGCGCUGUGAGAUAGUAGACAAAAAUGGGCAGGAAGAAGGCUCAUGCAUCAUCCAGGGGUAAACAACAGGGUCCAUCACCGCAACAGAGGCAUAUAUCUGCGGCGAAAAGGAACGAGCUUAAUGUCCUGUGCGAGAAACUCUUUCAUCUAAGUAGUAACCCAGCGUACGUGACGCAAUCAUGGAACAACUACUUGGAUAUAUCAGAAGUUCUGCUGAAGGUUAAACGUCUGGAGGAGAUGAAGACGGAAUCAUCUCAGCGAUCCCAGGGGAUUGGACAAUUCAUAAAUUGGCUGACGGAGAAUGGGGCGCAAGUGGAUGGUUUGAGUAUCGCCGAAUUUCCAGGAUAUGAUCUAGGAUUGAAGGCGGAGACCGACUUUGCUGAGAACCAAUUGAUCCUGGAAAUACCUAGGGCACUCAUCUUCAGCACAUAUACCGCAGCAUCAGAAUUGACUAUUUUACAAAAUGAUCCACUGGUGCAGCAUAUGCCACAAGUGGCUUUGGCCAUAGCGCUUCUCAUAGAGAGAUACAAGGAGAAUUCCAAGUGGAAGCCUUACUUAGAUAUGCUUCCAAGCAGUUAUAAUACAGUUUUAUACAUGAAGACUAAUGAUAUGAUUGAGCUGAAAGGCAGUCCUACGUUAGAAGCUGCAUUGAAACAAUGUCGAAACAUCGCGAGGCAAUAUUCCUACUUUAACAAAAUAUUUCAAAAUACAAACAACGCCGUCUCAGCAAUACUUAGAAACGUUUUUACUUACGAAAGAUAUUGCUGGGCAGUUUCCACGGUGAUGACGAGGCAGAACCUGGUUCCAAGUCCCGAUGGUUCACGCAUGAUCCACGCUUUAAUCCCGAUGUGGGAUAUGUGCAAUCACGAGAACGGAAGGAUUACGACGGACUUCAACGCGACUUCGGAUCGCUGUGAGUGCUACGCGUUGAGGGACUUCAAGAAAGGAGAACAGGUGUUCAUAAGUUACGGGCCGAGAACGAACUCCGAUUUCUUCGUGCAUUCGGGCUUCGUCUGCAUGGAUAACGAACAAGAUGGCUUUAAGCUUCGUCUUGGUAUUAGUAAAGCGGAUUCUCUUCAGAAAGAACGAAUAGAAUUAUUGAGCAAACUGGAUUUACCGUCAGUAGGAGAAUUUUUACUGAAACCUGGUACGGAGCCGAUCUCCGAUACGCUAUUAGCCUUCUUGCGAGUGUUCAGUAUGCGAAAAGCUGAGCUCACACAUUGGUUGCGCUCGGACAAGGUCUUCGACCUGAAGCACGUGGACUGCGCGUUGGAGACAGUCGUCGAGGAGAAUGUCAGAAAAUUUUUGCUGACCAGACUACAGCUUUUAAUCGCUAAUUAUCCUACAACAUUGAAGGAGGAUCUAGAGUUACUGGAGACAACGUUGCCGCAGAUGAAAAAAAUGGCAGUUCAACUGAGGGUGACAGAAAAGAGAAUUCUUUUAGGUGCACUCGAAUACGUAGAGCAAUGGAUAAAGGCUUAA